GAGUGAAUGUUGAGAGCGUCGAGAUGGAGCCCAACUCACUCACGUGGCUCGGCUCACCUUGCGGUUUUCACGGACCUUACAUUUUCUACAAGGCUUUUAGGUUUGACAUUGAAGCCAAUCCUCGGAUCCUGUCUCUGGGAGACUUUUUCCUAGUGAGGUGUAGACCCGGGGAACCGCUCUGCAUAGCGGAGCUACAGCUGUUAUGGGAAGAAAGAAGCAGAAAACAACUUUUAUCCAGCUCCAAACUUUAUUUUCUCCCCGAAGACACCCCUCAGGGACGGACUGUCAGUCACGGAGAGGAUGAGGUGCUGGCUGUGUCUGAGAAGGUGGUGGUGAAGUUACAGGACCUGGUCAGAUGGACUGUAUGGGACUCUUCAGGCUGGAGCAGGGGCCUGAAGGCUGCACCUCUAAAGCCCAGUGAGGUGCUCCAAGAGCUGGAGAAGAAUGGACAGAGAGACACCCCCGUCCUCCACCGGUACAGAGAGUCAACACUCAACAGCGGCCUCAACUUCAAAUACGUUUUAAAGGAAAAGACUCAACUAGAUGAUGAUGUGGACCAGAAGCGUGUGUCGGUGCUGUCUUACCCCCAGUAUUGUCGCUACCGUUCCCUAUUGGCCCGGCUGAAAGAAAGACCCGCCUCCCUCCUCGCCUCACAGGUGGUUCUGGCCCUGGGGGGCGUGACCUCACUCACAGACCACACCCACAUCCUGUACUGCAGGGACACCUUUGAACACCCCACCCUCAUCGACAACGACAAUGUCUGUGAUGAGUUCGCUCCCAACCUGAAGGGCCGGCCUCGGAAAAAUAAGCUGUCCUUCUCGCAACGCUGCGACUCCCAGAAUACACCAGCAGGCAAGGAGACGUGCAACACAGAGGGCAAGACCCCUGCCAAGGUGAAGCCUGAGUCCAAGGCAGUGCUGUCCAGGUGGCCUAAAGGAAUCAGUAGAGGCAGCAGCUGCUGUAAGAGGGUCUCCCCUAAAGGAAGAACAGGGGGAGGAGGUGAGGAGUGUCCUCCUGAUGAACAGGCCUUCCUAGUAGCUCUGUAUAAAUACAUGAAGGAGAGGAGGACGCCCAUAGAGAGGAUCCCCUACCUGGGCUUCAAACAGAUAAACCUUUGGAACAUGUUUCAAGCAGCAGAGACCCUUGGAGGAUAUGAGCUGAUCACAUCGCGCCGACAGUGGAAACAUGUUUAUGACGAGUUAGGAGGAAACCCAGGAAGCACCAGCGCUGCAACCUGCACCAGACGACACUAUGAAAGGCUUAUCCUGCCCUAUGAGAGGUUCACUAAAGGAGAGGAAGAUAAGCCCCUCCCCCUAUCCAAACCCCGUAAAGACCUCACCACCCAGCAGGAGGUCCCCAAGACCAAGGUUCCCACGGUGACGCAGUGGCCCAAAGAGGAGCAACACCCACAAAACCCCCAACCCCCCAGGACUGAACAGGACCCCUGUGCUAAAGGCCUGGAACUCUCACCAGAGUGUGAGGAGAAGGAAAGUAGUCCGGAGGAGGAGGGAGUCCAGGUGAAGCAGGAGGUGCCCCUGCCGGCUGGUGAGGUGAGCAGGAGCACCAGUGAAGAGGAGGAGGAGGAGCCAGUAGCGGUCUGCAUCAAGGAGAGGGUUCUACACCAAGGAGUUUCCUGGGAGAACAUCAAGAAGCCACCUUCAGACACCACUACACUCCACUUCUUCCCUGUAGACACUCCCACUCCAAUAAACCACUCCCACCCUCAGGACCAAUGGCAAAAGGAGCUGCCUGACUCUGCCAACCCAUGUCCCCAGGCCAGGCUGGACCAGUCUGGGUUGACUGAGGAGCCCCAGGGCCCUAACCCUGGCAUGGUGGGCAUAGUGGGGGUGGUGCUCCCCAUUCGGCAGAGGUCCCUACAGUCCCCCAGGGCUCCAGAGGACACCACAGACAGAGCACAGCUCCCUGGACAGGACCACUCCUGUUACAGAUACUCUACUAUACUCUACCCAGGCAGAGCCCAUCCUGGACCUGGCAUCAACCAUCCAGGCACCAACCAUCCAGGCACCAACCCUGGCAUCAACCAUCCAGGCACCAACCAUCCAGGCACCAACCCUGGCAUCAACCAUCCAGGCACCAACCAUCCAGGCACCAACCCUGGCAUCAACCAUCCAGGCACCAACCCUGGCAUCAACCAUCCAGGCACCAACCCUGGCAUCAACCAUCCAGGCACCAACCCUGGCAUCAACCAUCCAGGCACCAACCCUGGCAUCAACCAUCCAGGCACCAACUCUGGCACCAACCAUCCAGGCACCAACCCUGGCACCAACCAUCGAGGCACCAACCAUCGAGGCACCAACCAUCGAGGCAUCAACCAUCCAGGCACCAACUCUGGCACCAACCAUCCAGGCACCAACCCUGGCACCAACCAUACAGGCACCAACCAUCCAGGCACCAACCAUCCAGGCACCAACCCUGGCACCAACUCUGGCACCAACCACCCAGGCACCAUGUCUGAUCUAGCCAAGAAGAAGCUGCUCUCUCAGGUCAAUGGGACCGCCCCUGGGCCAUCUCUGCCCAAUCACUACGCCAUUGGCCCACCCCCACCCCUCAUCAACACAAGCCUGGCUAUUGGCAACGCAGAGGAGUCGGCCUGUCAGCCAAUAGCAGGCUGUCAGGGUUCCUGCAGCACAGACACAGCUGUGGUCAAACGUCCGUCUGUCAUCCAGCAUGCCCAGAGCUUCAAGCCGCUGUUCUGCGAGACAGGGGAAAGGAGGGAGAGGGAGGGCCUGAACAGGAACAUGUAUAAACCAGGGGAACCCUACUCUCCCUGUGACCUGACCCAGCACCAUCCCCUAUCCCAUCCACCCCCCCAGACUAGACACCAUCCCCAGCCCCACCCUAACUCUCCCUGUGACCUGACCCAGCCCCACCCUAACUCUCCCUAUGACCUGACCCAUCCCCACCCUAACUCUACCUAUGACCUGACCCAGCCCCACCCUAACUCUACCGAUGACCUGACCCAGCCCCACCCUAACUCUACCUAUGACCUGACCCAGCCCCACCCUAACUCUACCUAUGACCUGACCCAGCCCCACCCUAACCCUCUCUGUGACCUGACCCAGCCCCACCCUAACUCUCCCUGUGACCUGACCCAGCCCCACCCUAACUCUCCCUAUGACCUGACCCAGCCCCACCCUAACUCUACCUAUGACCUUUACCUACGGAGUCCUGAGACGCCCCAACCUGGCCACAUUACCAGAUUCCUGCCUGACUUCUCCCCCCCCCUCCACCCCCAGAACCUCCACAGUUUGUACAACCAUACAGAGACACACGUCAGCCAGUUCAUCAGCAGCAGGGAGAGGGAGACACCCUUACCCAGGGACUGUGAGGCUGCGCCUGGCCCGGGAGGGCCACAGUUCCCCUCCUCUAAACACCCCGACACGGUGAGUCUGGGGGGCUACUGUGCCCGUAUAAACCUCCUGACCCCCAACCUGACCCCUCACACACUAAGAGACAUGACUUCUCUCGUACAGACAAGCUCAGAAGACCAACCCACAGACUUAAGUCUUCCCAAGUCCUCUCCUCAGAAACCUACCCUCUCCACUGCCACCCCCUCCCUUCACAACAACCCCCACCCCCUCAUGCCCCUCCAGGAUACUGGGAGGUUCUGUAGAGUCCCCCCCAUGACCAUGUCCUCCAGCCCCAGACAGCCUGCAGACCCCCAGCCUAACCCCAGGGGGAAGACCCUGAAUGGCCAGAGAGGAGGAUGGGAGGACCAGGGGCUGGGACACAAGAUAGAGGAGCUAAACAGACCCAUCCUAGGCACCAAGAAUACGUCCAGACCCCAGAACAACGUGUGCACGGCGCGCCCACUGAAGAGGAGUCUGGAGGAGCGGGAGAACGGGCCCCCAGAGAGGAAGAUCAGAGCUGUCACUCCCAUGCACUCCUCCUCUUCCUCCUCCUCCUGUACAAUCAGGGACAGAGACAGGGAGGGCCACUCGGAGUGGAAGGUCUGGACCCCAGCGCUGGAGGGGGUGGUACCAGCCGACCCCCAGCCAGCCCCGGCCCACAGCCUCCACCUACACAUCACCUCCUUCGUGGAAGGACACAAGUUCCCCUUCCACUCCUCCCCCCUGUUCCCCGGGGGCCUCUACCCAGAGGCCUUCAUCUCUCAGAUCCAGGAUAUGUGUGAGGGCCUGGGCCCCCACAGGCCCCUGGGGUACCACCCCCUACAGUACCUGAAGAACCAGGCCGGCCUCUCUCCUCUGGUCCCGCCCUUCGCUUUCCACUCCUUCAUGAUGCAAAGACAGGCGCACAGCCCCGCCCACAUGUACCGGCACCCUAUGGGAGCCUCGUAUGGGGAACUGUUGCAUCAUGGUCUACACCCCAUGUCUUCCAUGUCUGCCCUCAACACACAGCAACACCCAGACAUCAGCCCCUCACAGCUCUCCUCUGUCCACCCCAACACCAAACGAUCCUAACCCUAACCCUCCCUUCAGAGCCUCACAGCUCUCCUCUGUCCACCCCAACACCAAACUAUCAUAACCCUAACCCUCCCUUCAGAGCCUCACAGCUCUCCUCUGUCCACCCCAACACCAAACUGUCAGAACCCUAACCCUCCCUUCAGAGCCUCACAGCUCUCCUCUGUCCACCCCAACACCAAACUAUCCUAACCCUAACCCUCCCUUCAGAGCCUCACAGCUCUCCUCUGUCCACCCCAACACCAAACUAUCCUAACCCUAACCCUCCCUUCAGAGCCUCACAGCUCUCCUCUGUCCACCCCAACACCAAACUA